AUGGCUGGACAUAGCAGUAACUUGUCUGACGCGAUGGGCGCUUUGUCUGUAGCCGAUGACCACUCUAUAGAACCCGGAUUGGACGACAACAUUCAGGCACAGCUAAGAAAAAUCAAAAAUGAUUUCGAAAGCGUUUUCUCGUGGGACAUCAUUCAAUCAUCGGAAUUCGAUCAAAACAUAAUUGAUAAAGUACAAGAAAACCUAGAAAUGAUCAUCAUGGAUGGCAAGGACGAUGAAUUCAAUUUUUCUAGAUUCUAUUUACAAUUAACUACCAUUUAUGAACAUUAUAUGAGCAAAAGAUAUAUGGAAUCAUAUUUGGAAAUUGAAACUAUGGUUACAUUCAUGGAAACGUGUAAAUUUGACGAGUCAAACCAACAGUACUCUGAUGCAUACCAUCAUAUUGCACGGGCCACCAAAGCGUUUAUUGCAUCAACACUGAAGAUUGAUUCAAAAAAGUUACUGAGUGAUGUUAAACCAAUUAACAAUUUUAAUGAAGCUGAGAAAGCUGCUAUUUGUGCCGUAAAAGCCAGCAUUUUUAUGCUUUAUCCUCCAAAUGGAAAUUAUAUUGCUUUAGAAUUGGCUAGUCAAGCAUGUACUGAACCUGAAUGGAUAAUCAUUUGGUUAAAAGUCAAAAAACGAGUAAGACAUCGUGAUGAACCAUAUAAAAUACCUGGGGAUGAUGAAAUUGGUGCUGCUUUGAAGUUAUAUGAUACACAAUCAAAGCCUGAACUUCUAAUUCAAGCUUAUCAGACUUUUAAGGAAACCGGAUUUAUUAAUAAAAUUAACAACAACCAUAGAAAAUCACAACAUUUUUAUAAGCUUUCCUCUGCUAUUGCUAAAAAAACAAUUGAUUUGGUAAAGAAGAAUAUGGACAAACAAAAUCCUGUAUUACUGAUGCAUUGUCUACACUAUCCUAAAUAUUUAUUGUCACAAGAAUUUAUAGACAAUAUAAUUACAAGACUGACAAAUAUUAAAAAUAGUUGUGUGCAUCUAACUAUAGGCAGAUAUUAUCUAGACCGUGAAAAAGAUUAUCAAAAAGCUAAGACGUAUUUCUCUCGUGGAAUGGUUUAUGGUAAUUUCGAUAGCUCAUUGCAGUUAAUAAAAGUAGAAUGCCUGUUACAAUCUGUCGAUAAAUUUCCUUAUGUUCAGACAUUAAAUGAUUUGUAUGAUGUUUUUCCAAGUCCAAAUAAAAGGGUUAAUAUUUUAAUGCAUAUAUUGAUAUAUUACAACUACUGUGAGAAAAAUCCAAAAGAAAUGAUGCACUAUUUAAAAUUUUAUAUUGAUCAAGACAUUGCAGAUGUUAUUAAAAAACGUAAACUAAUGUUUGUUCGUUCAUUGUUUAAUGUUGGCAGAUUUUUAGAACCAAAUGAUUUUCUGAACGAUUUAUCUACAAAUGUUAAAGAAUUAAUUAACAAUAAUAAGUGGAAUGAAGAAGAAAAAAAGAUAAUUGAAAACACAUUUGAUCGGUUCAAUAAAAUAUUGCAAUUGAACAUUCAAGACAAUAAUUUUGAUGAUGAUAAUAAAUUAUAA